GUUCAUUUGGCGUCAACACAUGUGCGUCCGCCGUAGCCAUGCGUUUUGAGAUAGAAAACUUAAAUGUUAGAACUUUGUAGUUAUUUUUAAACAUAAAAAUGCCUAGACACGUAUCAUCUUCAUCAAGCGAAGAUGAAGAGGACAAUAAUACUACAGAACCCCCUGUAAAGCAAAAAGAAACCGAUAAGAAGACCACCAGGUUCCAGUGUCCUGCUGACUUUGUGUCUUUCUGCCAUAAGCCCUGCAGCACAACUCUCUCAGAGAGUCUGACGGACAAUAAUGAGUUAUGGCUCAUUAAAGCUCCUGCCAGCUUUAACCCAGAAUGUUUCAGUGGCAUUAAGUUGCCCCUCUCAGGUCUCCAGACCGUGAAGGUUCCUACCGCUGCUGGCGGAGCCAAUUCUGGGGGUGGCCAGCAGAUCUACAGCAUCCUGGCGUCCACCCACGGUACCUCAGACCUCCGCCUGCUCACCGGCGACAAGCAGUCGUCAGAUGCCGUGGUUUUUGGCCCCGCGUUUUCAGGCCUGCUAAAUGUGUGUGAGAGCUAUGGAGACCGCAGAGCAAACCGGGCCCCUCAGGUCAUCCCCGCCGCUCCAGCACCCUCCAUACCCCCUGGGCUGAAACAGCGGUUCCAUCCGUUCGGCAGUAAGACCCCCACGCUGACCUGCAUGGCAGAGAGUGAGGCGGAUGGAGCCGCCUUUGGGCCCUCGUCUGCAACUCUCCGCCCCCUGGUAGUCAAACGAUUCAUAGAAGAAACGUGGCAGGAGGAUGAGGAGGAGGAGGAAGGGAGGAAAAAGAAGAAGAAGAAAAAGAAAGAAAAGCGAAUAAAGGCGGAGCGCGGAGAGGAAGCGGAGGCGGAGGGGGUGGAGAGAGUGAAAGAGGAACCUGUAGCUGAACCUGAAGUUCAGGACGAAGUAAUGAUGGAGCUUCCCUUCCAGGAGGGCGACGUUUUGGAAGAGAAGAGGAAAAAGAAGAAGAAAAAGAAGGACAAGGACCGAGAGGACAGGGAGCGAGAGGAGGUGGAGGAGGGCUUGGAGCCCAGUGUGAGGGUGAAGGAGGAAAAUGUAACAGUGAAAUGUGAACCAAUAGACACUUUGUAUGGUGAUGUUGUGGAGGGCUCGGGAAAGAAGAAGAAAAAGAAGAAGAAAAGCAAAACUGAUGACGACUAGUCUGUCGUCACUUUGUUGUUUUGUUUAUUUUUGACCUCAUGAACUUAUCUGGGAGCCAUUUUACUACUAAUUUACUCCGUCAUAUUGAUAGAUUGCCUAAUGCAAGGCUUGCCUUGGCAGGAUAUUGCAUUCCGAAAAAAAGAGCACAUCCUGAAUCAAUUGAACAGUGACUCGAAUUAUAAAAUGGAUUAAUCCCAGCGUCUUUAAGGUCAAUGCUCCUCUCAUUUUAAACUCAGAAAGUGGCAGUUUUACACACAAAGAAUGUGUGCAGCUGCAUCCAUGAGUAAUAAGAGUGUACAUAAGGGGAACUUCUGUGUUUUCUGCCAGUGUCCGUCAAGUUGUGUUAGAUUUUAUGGGAUUAUGCUCACGUUGUGUUGCUGCUGUUGUGUACAUGUUUACACACACAGGCUGGUAACGUCACUGGUUUGGCAUCAGGAUCAGAAAACCAGAGGUGAUAUAAAAAUAGAAUGAUGGUUCAUUGUCUGUCACUUCAUAUGAUUAGUUUUUUUUUUUUUUUUUUCUUUUUUAUAAAAAAGGAUCUCAGUCACAUGUAUUGGAGAACACAUGUUCCAAAAUAUACUCCUAAAGUGAUUAAAGGAAAUG